AUGAUGGAACCAUUAGCUAUUGUUUUAGACCUUUUACAAGGUGAAAAAAAUAUGUUUUUUGGUUUUCUAAUACCUUCUAUUACUGAGUUAAUAUACAAGUAUGAACAAUUAUUUAUCAAAAACCAAUUAAAAAUCUGUUUGCCAUUGGUAGAAGUAAUAAUAAAAAGUAUUGAAAAAAGGUUUGAAAAAAUAUUAAGUGACCAAUUUUUGACAAUAGCAGCUAUUUCACACCCAUAUUUUAAAACUGUUUGGAUAAAAAACCAAGUUAAAAAAGAUUUGGCUAUUUCAGAUUUUAAAAAAACAGUUUUAGAUAUGUUUAAUGCAAAUAGAAAUGAGUCUACUACUGAUAAACCAGUAGUUGACAAUAGUGAAGAUGAAGCAGAAGAUUCUUCUUUUUUUUCAUGGUCUAAUGUCACUAUUGAUAAACUUCAAGAAACGUCAACUAUCUCGGUGGAAAAUGAAGUGUGCCUUUAUCCGAAUAGAAGCCCUACAAAAAAACUGACAUCCCUUAAUGAAUUUCCUAAUGUGAAAAAAGUUUUUAUUAAACAUAAUACUCCAUUGCCCAGCAGUGGUCCUAUUGAACGUGUAUUUAGUGUUAGUAAUGCCAUACUAACAAAACGUCGAGGAAAAAUGGAAGACAAAACAUUUGAAAAAGCAAUUUUUUAG